AUUCUAAGUCGUAGGAGAUGGCCGAAGAACACAUUUUAGAUCAGUUCCAACAAGAAAAUAAUGCAGAAGAGGAAGUAGACAAUAGAUUGGUUCAGCCACUCAUGGAAAUAUUUCCUGAAGCAUGUCCACAAUUCUUACGGCAAAUUUGUAAAGGAAAGCGCCACUCCCCUGACGUACUGAAUAGUUUAAUGGGAGAAGUCCUGGAUGUGGAUUACCCCAAGCGAAGAAAAACUGAAAGCGCACCGUACCGUCUGAAUGCCUCUGAACAACUGGAGCUAAUGAAAAGCAUACUUGUGGACGCCGAUCCGGAAUAUUUACAAAUGCAUUCUGAUCGUCUCAUCGAUAAUCCGGACGACCUUAAAGCGUUUGUGUCUCAAGCGAUCGAAACACGAAACUAUCCAACGUUGAAAAAAUAUUUGAGGAAGAAACAACUAUCCGCCCAACAAAACCAGUACACAAGUGAAUUCAGUGUUGCCAAAUUUCUAGAAGUAAUACCCGAUCCUUUUCAGUAUUUUGCUGAUUCAAAGCGGAAAGUUGGUGAAUUAGAUUAUCGCAGUCACAAUUACGCUAUGUAUUACCUACGAAACAAAUUUGCAAUGGUACAAUUGCGAUCAAUCCGCGAAUGCUUUAUUAAAAAUAAAGAAGGGCUUUUGGCAACUUGUAAGGAAUUGGAAAAUUACCCUCCUUCCAAAAGAAUGGCAUCAAAGCGAGGAAAAGUGGCGAUGCCUUCCAUAAUUCAAAAUAUACCUCUUCUUCAAGAAAUUGCCUUCUAUGACCAUCAGGAGGAAAUAACGCAAUUUUUAAGUCAAAGAAAGUUACAAGAAGAGAUGGAGCGUAAACAAGCCAAAGCCGCCGGAUUAUUGCAGACGUGUGCUUGUUGCUAUGACGAUGAAAUCAUGCCCAAUGAUAUCGCUUCUUGUGAAGCCGGUUGUAUGUUUUGUAAAUAUUGUGUACGGAAAAGUGCGGAGAUCGCGUUUGGAGAUGGUAAAUUGGACUUUCCCUGCCUUGGCGAUUGCGAGUCCCAUUUUACUUUACCAGUUUUACAGGAUGUAAUCAACCCAAAAAUGUUUUCCGUCAUUGCUUCAAAAAAACAAGUCGAGGAAGUAAAAGCGGCUGGAAUUGAAGAUUUGGAAACUUGUCCCUUCUGUGAUUUUGCGGCUAUCCCUGCUCGUGAUGAUAAAUUGUUUAGGUGUCUAAAUCCUCAGUGUAUGAAAGAGUCGUGUCGAAUGUGUAAGGAACCUUCGCAUGUGCCUUUGCGUUGCGAUGAAGUUGAGAAGGAUGAGGACGUUAAAGAUCGAACAUAUAUAGAAAAUAAAAUGACUGAAGGACUGCUGAGGUAGCUAUGUUUGUUUCCCCAUUUUCUUG